ACAGUUGCUGCUGCGCUGCUCAGGAGGACAGAGGCCCCUUCUGCCUGCUCCUAAUUCCGACCACGGAGCGGUUGCCGGGACAACACGCUAACGGAGCGGCUCAGCCCCGCCCCGGGUGCGGCCAUGCUCGGCCGUUGGGAAGUGCGUCACGGCGGGUGUGCGCCUGCGCCGAGGCGGCGGAUUCGAACGGCGGCGGGCAGUGCUGGACCCUGUCACGGCAGCAGGAGCAGGAGGAAGAAGAGGAGGAGGAUGAGGCGUACGGCGCCCCGCGGCACUUUGCGGAAGAUCAUAAAGAAGCACAAGCCUCACUUACGCCUGGCGGCCAACACCGACCUGCUGGUACAUUUGAGCUUCUUGUUGUUUCUCCAUCGGCUAGCAGAAGAAGCCAGGACAAAUGCUUUUGAGAACAAAAGUAAAGUAAUUAAACCUGAGCAUACUAUAGCUGCAGCAAAGGUUAUUUUAAAGAAAAGCAGAGGCUAGAGGAAAAAAAAAAGAAUGCAGAGGCUACGAAACAGCAAUGGAAUUUCCAAA